GAGUGGCAUCACUGUUUCAUUUAUAAACAGAAAUCAGCUGUUCCUACGGGCAACUCAAAAUAAUUUUUUAUGUAAUUAAAAUGGCCAAAGAAUCGGACAAAGCUGACUUAAAAUCGAACAACUCGAAUACCAAAUUGGAAGAUGCUUGGGCGAUACGGCCGUGCCACUUGUAUAAGGAUGAGUACGACGAUUGCACGAGUUUCAAGGCUCGCUUUCACCAGUACUUCAUCUUUGGCAAAGAUACUGACUGCUCGCAGUGGCUGACGGAUUACAGGAACUGUGAACGCUUUCAGCAGUCGAACGGAAACGACGUGGCGGCGGGAGCUGCCGUGGUUAAGAGCGAAGAGCAACGCCGCCUGACUCGGCUGCGCGCCCACUUUGCCAACGACACCUGGCAGAAACGUAAAGUGCCUCCAGAGGACUGGGCUGCACCGCUGCCCGAUUGGAUGGAGAAACGCAAUGAGAACACAUAUCUCGAGAUAAAGCAAAAGGAGCUCUCUGGGCAAGUCCCGCCGCAGGAAGAGGAUCGCAGCCUUUGUACCAUCAUGUGAAAAUAUACAGCUAAGAAAAUAA